AUGCCCGGCAGCGCAGAAAUCCAAUCUAUAAGACUUGAAAUCAUCGGCGCAAAAAAUCUUCGAGACCCUUCCAAGCGCGUACCCGCUGGUAUCUACGUGUCCAUUGAUGUCGACUCAAGGAGACGCUGGAAAUCAGCCAUCAGCGUCUUAUCAUCCGACGGAUCCGUAGCGUGGGGAGAUACCAUGACCCUAUCAUCUCACGAGUCAUCUGUAUUAUCGAUAGAGAUUAGAGCGUCUUUUGAGCUCGAUCGAACGCUGGGCAAUGGUGAAAUCAUCGGAAGACUUCAAACAUCGUGGGAUGAGUUGCUCGAUCAUGGAGAUGAACAAUUCGAACUGUCCUUCCCUGUUCGUGGUGUCAAUCCUUCGCUCAUGCUGAAGGCCACCGUUGUACAUGCCAGCGAUAAUCAGGACGGCGCACUACUUGACCCCCUCGUAGAAUGCGAGAUUGCUCGAGAAACAGAUGCGGGCCAUGUACGAUUCUCCAGAUACAUAAGACACGAGAAGGUCUCUCACCUGAACGGUGCUGUAGAGCGUUUUCAGUUGGUUCUGGACCGCUGUCCAGUCGACCAUCCUGACCACGCAGCGGCUCUCACCAACCUCGCGUGGGCCCGCCUUCAAGGCUACAUUCGAAACGAUCUUCAAGACAUUGAUACCACUACUUCCCUCUUCCGCGAAGCCCUUGCAUUGCGUCCGCAGGGCCAUCCAGACCACAUAUUAUCUCUCUUUUAUCUCAUUUUCGCAUUGAUCUGGCGCUACAGCAAGGAGUGCACCGCCGUCUUCAUUCAUGAAUCCCUGCAGCUGUGCUGCAAGCUACUGCCGCUCUGUCCAGAGGGCACUUACCUUCGUAGCAUCAGCGUAGACAUUGCGGUCGAUUAUGUGAUUGCCGAAUGCACCAAUCCUCAGAUUGAUGCAUCUGACGAAGGCAUCCACCUUGGACGAGUCGUGCUCGAGCUCUGCCCUCUGGGCCAGAAACACCAUGCCAGGACCCUCGACAACCUCGCACGAUCACUCUUAGCACGGUUUACACAACGGGGCAGCAUUGAUGAUCUAGAAGAGAGCAUACAACUUGGUCGUGAAGUUAUUUCUCUGUGCCCCGAGGGACAUUCUGACAGUUGUCUCUAUCUGAACAACUUGGCCUUCUCACUGCAGUCUCGCUUUGAUCACCAAGGCAAAUCUCAUGACCUCGACGAGGUCAUCUCCAUGCACGAAGAAGCGCAGCGCCUGUGGCCUGUUAGGCACGAAUCACGUGAUUUCUCAUUGGACAACCUAGGGCGCGCCCUCCGCACCCGUUUCGACGAACACGGUGACGUUGAUGACAUCAACCGAGCUGUCAGCCUCCAUCGCGAGGCACUGACGUUGCGCCCACUUGGGCAUCCACAUCGUGACAACACGCUUAACAACCUUGCCGCCGCGCUCCAAACCAGAUAUGGCAAAUUGUAUGUCAUCGAGGAUCUUAACGAGGCCAUUGAUCUGUAUCGCGAAUCUCUUCGGGCAAGGCCGCUUGACCAUCCAGAGCGCCAUGUACAUCUUUACAAUUUGAGCUCGGCGCUCUGCUCUCGUUUCACGCAAAUUCGGAAGAAUGAGGAUGUCGAGGAGGCUAUUCGACUCUGCCAAGAGUCGUUGGUGGUUUUGCCUUUACUGCACCCGGAUAGAUACUUCAGUUUGGCGUGGCUGCAGGAAGCCUAUCUGUCUCGUUACCAGGUACAACACAAUCCCGCUGAUUUGUCGCUCGCUGUAGAAAACUACAGACUCGCCUCACGACACCCCACUCAAGGAUUCCCACAACGCAUUAUUCAGGCAUGUAAUUGGACUAUCACAGCGGAGCAGCAUGGUGAUGGAUCCUCACUGGAGGCUUACUCCACAAUUUUUGAGCUUCUGGAUGCUCAUUUGGGAACACGAUCAUCAGCCACUUCGCGCCGCGAAGCUGCCGCUGCCUUCCACUUUCCCAGAUCACUACCUGUAGACGCAGCAUCGUGUGCCAUCCGCAGUGACAAUCUCCGACGUGCAGUAGAACUGGUGGAGCAGGGCCGUGGCCAACAGUGGUCAUUGGCCUCCCGACUCAAGACUCCAGUCGAAGACCUCGAAUCAGGACAUCCACAUCUAGCCCGCAAUUUUUUGGAGCUGAGCAAGCGCGUUUCCAACGCCGCUCAGGUUGCAGUCAUGACCGACAGAGCCGCUGCUGAUCAAGCAGCAACAGAGUAUAGGAGACUUACCGCGCAAUGGGAUGCUGCUGUAGCUGAAAUCCGUAAUCUCCGUGCUUUCUCGCGGUUCCUACUUCCACCUUCAUUCGAAGACUUGCAAGCAGCGGCGCGCAAUGGCCCGGUCAUCAUCCUCAUUGCGAGCCAAUACUCGUGCGGCGCUAUUGUGGUCCCGACGUCAGGAGAGCUCCAUCAUAUUCCCUUGUCGUCUGUCACUCUCAUAGAUCUGGAGAACCUCAAGAGUCGCUUCGCCAGAGCAAUACAGCUAGCAUCCCAGAUGGGCCUAACAGAGUCAAGGACAGACUUAAUAGUCCUAUUGCGGAUAGUAUGGGACAACAUCAUGCUACCCAUCGUCAACGUGCUUGAGCAUGUCCUCGAAUUAAAGCGCGGGUCCCGAAUCUGGCUGUGUCCAACUGCAGCUUUCACUUCCAUUCCUCUCCAUGCAGCUCACCCGUUUCAAACGAAGGCGGACCGCUCUGGGAAGGAGCCAUGCCUGGAGGAUCUCUACAUAUGUUCUUACACGCCAACACUUUCAGCGCUGAUCAGAUCUAGGCAGAUGAUGAAGGAACGCCGUGUGCCUCCAUCCUUUGUGGCAGUUGGGCAAGGUCAACCGGGCGGAGGGAAUGGCAAGGCGCUCUUAGCUGUCGAUAGCGAGCUCGAGCUUGUCAAUAAGCUCGUCCCCGCGACGGCCAAUCGUUCCACUGUUUCUGGCGAUGCAGCCACACGAGCAGGUGCACUCGAAGCCCUGGAACAGAACACCUGGGUGCAUCUCGCAUGUCAUGGCAAACAGGACCACAAACAGCCUUACGAUUCUCAUUUCGUCAUGAAGGACGCACCUCUCACGCUGCUCGACAUCAUGGAGAAAGAUAUUCCACACGCGGAGUUCGCGUUCUUGUCGGCGUGUCAUACCGCCGUCGGUGAUGAGGAGACACCUGACGAAGUUAUCCAUCUCGCAGCUGGACUUCAGUUUUCAGGGUUCAAGAGCGUCAUUGGCACGCUGUGGGAGGUUGACGAUGCUGUCGCCAAACAUGUCGUUGAAGCGUUCUACGAGAAUAUGGUUAAGCAUGUGGAGGAUGGCGGGUUCAUGGACUGUACGAAGGCGGCUUGGGCACUCAACCGUGCUACUCACGCUGUGAAAACGAAAGUGCCGCUCGAGCAAAGAAUGGUUUUUAUUCAUAUUGGUGUGUAGUUAUAUUGCUUUCGUCUGGCACGGAGUUACGAGUCAUUGAUCAUGGAUUCUCUACCAUACCUGUGUACAUGAAGUUAUGUCUCGCGGUGUAGUCAUCUAGAAUUCGCAUCUACCUGUUUCUCACGCUUUA